UAGAAAGUAUCAGUUAUGGAUUUAUGAAUGUAAAACUGGUUUUUAUUUAGAAAUUUUCUAAUUUAAUAAGAAACUAAGGUCUACUGAAAGAAUGAAGAAGAUAUUAUUGUUUGUAACAGUUCUGAUUACCUCGGGAUCUUUGGCAAAUGUUCAUGGGUUUCAGAUGAGUCGGGGUGUCGUUAUCCCGCCUGGAGGGGUUUUAAACUUCAACUGUUUUAAACAUUUUAUUGAAAGCGACUUUAACGCCGAACGAUGCCAAGGUGGGCCAUGCGAGAAUGGUGGGUUGUACUGUACUUAUAGUCACAGUCAUCCUGAUCUGGGCGUAUGCAUUUGUCUGCAAGGAACAUCUGGUGAUUGUUGCUCUGUAAUCGCUGGCUGCAGAGAUGCUCUUUGUGGUCACAACAAAACAGCUGCUACUUGUCAGUUUGACGUAACCGAGAAGUUACCUGAAUGCGUGUGUUCGGCGAGUGAUGUAAAGUUUGAUUACACACAGCAGAUAUGCAGAAAAUCAUGUGAAAAAGACGAUGACUGCUUAAACAGUGGUAAAUGUACCGGACAUGGCAAGUUCAAAUUUUGCCAAUGCUUGCCAGGUACAGAAGGCGACUUUUGCUCUGAAGUUACGGAAUGUAAGAAAAACAAUAUUUGUGGAACAAGCAGGGAAACUAUUUGCACGUAUGACAAUACUCAGAUGCAAGCUACAUGUAAAUGUUUGGAUCCUUCUAAACAAAUUGAUUACAAGGAGAAAAUAUGCAAAGGGCCGUGCAAAAAUGAUACUGACUGUGAAACUGGACACAAAUGCAUCGGAGAUAAAGCUUCGAAGUUUUGUGAGUGCGAACCAGGAAAAACCGUUAACUCUUGUUCUCACGUGAAGGACUGUCAUGAACCCGAUUCUUGUGGUAUAGGGAAUGACACUACGUGUGAAUACUAUACUGUUCAGCGAAAAGCUAAAUGUCAGUGCUUGAAUUCCAAUAAGCAGUUUAAUUAUAGAGAGAAAAUAUGCCAAGAGCCAUGUCGAGAUAAUGAUUGCGAAAACGACGGCAAAUGUACCGGUAUCGGAGAUUUCAAAUUCUGUGAAUGCUUGCCGGGGACAGCGGGCGACCUGUGCUCUGAAGUGACAGAUUGUAAUGAAGCUGAUUUCUGUGCCGAAGGCAACGAUACCACGUGUAUAUAUAAUAGCACUCGUCUAGAAGCUAUGUGCCAAUGUUUGGAUUCUAGCAAGCAAUUUGAUUACACGGAAAAAGUCUGCAGAA